AUGAAAUAUUUGCAUGGAAGUGAUGUCAAACUUCAUGGAAGGUUAAAAUCAACCAACUGCGUGGUGGACGGUCGAUUCACAUGCAAAAUCACCGACUACGGCUUGCCGCGGCUCUACGACGCGCAGAACAUGUACGACGAGACCGCUCCUGAGCUGCUCAAAGAUGAAAAGUUGCGGCGCAAGGGGACUCAGAAAGGAGACGUAUACGCCUUUGCGAUUAUUGCUUCCGAAAUCGUCCUCCGCGGUGAACCCUUUUCAAACACGGGCUACUCGCCAAAAGCGAUUAUUAGCAGGAUUCGACGACCACCGCCGCUUCUCAGACCGUCGAUUCCCACCUCGCUCUGCCCCUACCAAGUCAAGUCGAUGAUCAAAGAAUGCUGGGACGAAGAACCAGAGCGACGCCUAACCUUUUCUCAAAUCUGCGAUGCUUUGUCAAAAGUCCAAAAAGGCAAGAAAACGAACAUCGUGGACAACAUGAUGAAAAUGUUGGAAGAAUACUCGAACCACCUCGAAGACAUCGUCAAAGCCCGAACAGCCGAGUUGGAAGUCGAAAAGAAGAAGUCGCAAGAGUUGCUGGCGAGAAUGAUGCCAGUCGAGAUUGCCCAGCGAUUACAAAAUGGCGAGACGGUGUUACCAGUUUGUUACGACGAAACGACGAUUUACUUCUCCGACAUUUGCGGAUUCACCUCAAUCUCAGCGGCCUCAACCCCCUUCGAAGUCGUCGAUUUGCUGAACGACCUUUACACCUUGUUCGACAACAUCAUCGACGAAUACGAAGUCUACAAAGUCGAAACCAUUGGUGACGCGUACAUGGUCAGUUCUGGAGUGCCUUUCAAGAUUGGCGACCGACAUGCGCCUGAAAUUUGCAUGCUGGCGAUGGAUAUUCUAUCCGCCACCGGGAGUUUUAUUAUGAGACAUAUGCCCGAGGUGCCGAUGAAGAUCCGCAUUGGGUUGCAUUCUGGACCAGCUGUGGCGGGAGUAGUCGGCCUUGCCAUGCCUAGAUAUUGUCUCUUUGGAGACACUAUCAACACAGCUUCGAGAAUGGAGUCAAAUGGGCUACCCUCACGAAUCCAUAUCAGUUGGUCAACGCGCGAAUGCCUGCUCAAAUCGGACGAAGGAUUCCAGAUUCAAGAACGUGGUACAGUCGAGCUAAAGGGCAAGGGUGUACUCACUACGUACUGGCUCGCAGGAAAAGAAGGAUAUGACAGCCACGGAAUCAAGCUCGACGAAUACAUGAACGGAAAUCGCCCGCCUCCGCCCAAAGAACCGAUCAAGCAAAAACCGUUCAUUCCGUCGAAGCGAAAAGCGGUGAAAAAGGGAUGGGCUUGA